UGUGAUGUUGGGCAAUGAGAAAAUUGUGGGGAACUGUCUUUCAAAGUCUUGAAUUUUCUUCUUCAUCUCUACAAAACUAAGGACCCCCCAUUUAGGGGGCUUGUUUGUACAGGAUAUCUUGAUUGCCUCCCUUCUUCUUCAAAGAGAAAAAAAAAAAAAAUUGAAUCUUUUUUGUUUGUUCCUACAUACCCUUUAAGGGUUUAAUUAUUUGAUGAGAUUCUUGUUUAUUGUUUUCCAAGAUUGAACCUUUUUUUGAUUGAUUUUAAAAAUUUCUUGAAGAAGGGAGGUUGUUAAAAAAAUUCAUUACAUUGUUCAUCAUUAAUAGAGAGAGAGAAAAAUGAUAGUAAGGUGGUGGAUAACAGCACUGCAAUUAACAGAGCUGUUUGUGAGUUCUUUGGUUCAUUUGGCUUAUGGUUUUUACAUAUUUAGCACAGCUGUGGCUGGUGAUCUUUCACAAGCAUUAAGUGAUUGUUUUUACAAGACUAAUUUUGAGGUUAAUGAAGAUCCAAAGGAUAAUAUUACAAGUGCUAAAGAUCUGCCUCCCAUUGUGUUGGUUCAUGGAAUCUUUGGUUUUGGAAAAGGGAGAUUAGGAGGGCUUUCAUAUUUUGCUGGUGCAGAGAAGAAGGAUGAUAGGGUUCUUGUGCCUGAUUUGGGCUCUCUAACUAGCAUAUAUGACAGGGCUCGAGAAUUGUUUUAUUAUUUGAAAGGAGGGCAGGUUGAUUAUGGGGAAGAACAUAGUAAAGCUUGUGGGCAUUCCCAAUUUGGACGAAUUUAUGAACAAGGACAUUACCCGGAAUGGGAUGAAGAUCACCCUAUUCAUUUUGUUGGGCAUUCAGCUGGAGCACAGGUUGUUCGAGUUUUGCAACAAAUGCUAGCUGACAAGGCAUUUAAGGGUUAUGAGAACACUUCCGAGAAGUGGGUCUUAAGCAUCACAGCACUGUCUGGAGCGUUCAACGGGACUACAAGAACCUAUUUUGAUGGAAUGCAUCCUGAAGAUGGGAAGUCGUUGAGGCCAGUGUCUUUGCUUCAGCUUUGCCGGGUUGGAGUAAUAAUUUACGAUUGGUUUGACAUACCGUGGCUAAAGAACUAUUACAACUUUGGGUUUGACCACUUCAACUUAUCCUGGAGAAAAAUAGGAAUAUGGGGUCUUAUUGACUGUCUCUUAGGAAAUGCUGGUCCAUUUGCUACAGGGGAUUGGAUACUCCCAGAUCUUACCCUCCAGGGUUCAAUCAAGUUGAACAGCCACUUGCAUACGUUUCCUAACACAUACUACUUCAGCUAUGCUACUAAGCGUACCAGCAAAGUCAUGGGGCUAACUGUCCCUUCUGGCAUACUAGGAAUACAUCCUCUGCUCUUCAUCCGAGUCCUCCAAAUGAGCCUAUGGCGCCAUCCUCCAGAUGUACCUCCCCCAUAUAAGGGCUAUAGGGAUGAAGAUUGGUGGGACAAUGAUGGAGCACUGAACACUAUAUCUAUGACACAUCCUCGUUUCCCGGUUGAGCACCCAAGUCAACUGGUUGUUAAAGAUUCUGAUUGCCAGCCUUUGCAACCUGGCAUCUGGUACUAUAAGAUUGUUGAAGGUGAUCACAUUCUUUUCAUUGUGAAUCGGGAAAGAGCUGGAGUUCAAUUUGAUUUGAUCUAUGACAGCAUAUUUGAGCGCUGCAGGAAGCAUGCCUUCAGAAAAAAUCCAACGAUGCCAAACCAUAUAAUUUAAUAGUUAGCAAGAUGUUGCUCUUACAGAUGCGCUACAAACUCUUAAGAGAGAAUAGAGAUUAAAGAAAAGGGAAUCUGCGAUAUCAAAUACUCUUCUGCUUUCUUGCCGCCUUCUUUUUUCUUUCAGACAAAAAUCUAGUUUUCCCUUUGAAAUGUAAAUGUGAAUAGAAAAAAAUCCCAUUCUUCUUCGAAUGUAUGUAAUGAUAAUCACCACCUUUAGGCUGUAGGCUU